GUCGACGAUCAUGGCAACAGCAUCAGUAUCAACACCUCUCAAGUCCCAUGCCGGGCUCUUCUCCAGCCGCACCGCCGGCGGGCGGAUGCCCCUGACUCCUUCUCCCAUUCAACGCGCCGCCGCGUUGACCGUCAACUCUUCCCCAUUUACCCCCGACAGGGCCAGCAAUGAUGGCCAUCGCGUCCCAUCUAAGUCAGUCUAUGGCGGGAACUUGGCUGCCCACUUCGCGAAGGCUUCCAAGAACCACCGCGAGUCGCCAAAGUCAAAUAUUGCCCGCGUGGUGUCAACUCCCCGCAAGGUCUUGGAGCUCGGCGUGUCCAAUUUCACGCUCACCGGCACAGGCGCCCACACCAAGGCACCCGCCAGCCCCAACGCCAAGAAACCAGUGCCCGUCAGGAAGAAGACCAGCAAGACGAAGCUCACCUACAACACUGAUCGCUUUAUUCCCAACCGGUCCUCGAGCUCGGCCAUUUCCAACGCCGGAUCUGCCAAGAUCAGGAUACGUCAAAAUCAUCAGCGCCCGAGAAGCGUCCACGGCGACGCCUCGUCCAUCCUCUCAUCGGCCACCGAUGAUGCCAUAGCCGCCCUCGAGGGCCUCAACAUCGACGACGAGGAGCCGGUUUCCUACUCGCGGCCUUCGCCAAGUACGGUCGCCUACCAGGAAACGCUGGCUGAUGCUUGCGGCGUCAACUUGAAGACACGCAUCCUUCAGUUCAAGCCCACGCCUCCGGAAUCGUCCAAGCCAAUUGACUUGCGGCAGCAGUACAACCGCCCUCUGAGACCUGCCAAUGCCACCUCAGCCCAGUUCCGGCGCCGCAUCGCAACCGCUCCGGAGCGCGUCUUGGAUGCUCCUGGCCUUAUCGACGACUAUUAUCUCAACCUCCUCGAUUGGAGCUCCAACAACCAGGUCGCGAUUGGCCUGGAACGCAACGUCUACGUCUGGUCAGCGGACGAGGGCUCAGUCAAUUGCCUCCUCGAGACCAGCCCGGAUACAUACGUCAGCAGCGUCAAGUGGUCUGGGGACGGCGCCUACGUCGGCGUGGGUCUUGGCACCGGCGAAGUGCAGAUCUGGGACGUCGCCGAAGGCGUCAAGAUUCGCAGCAUGCUCGGCCACGACACCCGUGUUGGUGUCAUGGGCUGGAGCAAGCACCUCCUGUCUACCGGCGCGAGAAGCGGCCUUGUUUUCAAUCACGAUGUCCGCAUUGCGGAGCACAAGGUGGCCGAACUCGUGUCGCACACCUCCGAGGUUUGCGGCCUAGAGUGGCGCUCGGAUGGCGCUCAACUUGCCACCGGCGGAAACGACAACCUUGUGUCAAUCUGGGAUGCCCGGUCCCUGGCCGUCCCCAAGUUCACAAAGACCAACCACAGGGCUGCCGUCAAGGCUCUCGCCUGGUGCCCGUGGAACAUGAACCUGCUCGCUACCGGGGGCGGCUCAUAUGAUCGUCACAUCCACUUCUGGAACAGCACGUCUGGCGCCCGCGUCAACAGCAUCGACACCGGUUCGCAAGUCACCAGCCUCCGCUGGAGCCCCCACUAUCGCGAGAUUGUCAGCUCGAGCGGUUUCCCCGACAACUCGCUCAGCAUCUGGAGCUACCCCACCCUCGUUCGCAACGUUGAGAUCCCCGCCCAUGAGAGCAGAGUCCUUCACAGCUGCCUCAGCCCGGAUGGUCAGAUGCUGGCCACAGCUGCUGCCGACGAGAGCUUGAAGUUCUGGAAGAUAUUCGAAAAGAAGCCCGGAUCUGGUGUCGGCAUCGGCAGUGCCGGUGCGGCCGCAAAGGCCGACAGGCCCAAGAUGAUGACAAUCCGCUAGAGGUCGCCUCGGUGUCCAGAGUCCUUAGGGACCAGCCAGCGUCAACAGCACAUUGUUCAAUCAACGGUAGGUAUUAACAUUUCCCUUCUGGAAUUCCUGCUUGUUGAAGGGUUUCAGCGUGGCGUUUUCGGGAAGCAGCUCUUUGGGUCUUUCCGGAAUGCACGGUCAUGGGCACUAUCACGCCGGGAUAAAUAAGCAUGGAUCGCAUCGGCUUGGUCAUAAGGUUGCGAGGAUUGGGGACAUGGUUGGAUUGGAUUGGAUUGGGGUGUUGUUGGUCUGACGGGUCUUGCAUUGGGCUAGGUCUGUUUCGGUAUUGUGUCAUAACUGUAAAAAUUGGGUCAAAAGGAAGGAAGAAUGGAAUUGUGUCUUCUUCGAAACCGUUCUCUCGGAGGAGUCGCACACUAUGUUCAAUGCCUAAGACCGGUGACUCUGGUGACUGGUCAAUAAGAGCGAAACCACAGCGCCACAGCGUAACAGUUGAGUCAAGUUGCCCAGAAAAC